AUGUGCUCAGUGGCUGAGCAGACAGCUGAGGAGCUCCUUUAUGUAUUAUUUUCACCUGUUUACAAAAGUAAUAUUCUUGUGAAAAAUUCAAAUAGUGUACAAAGUAAAACUACAUCAUGUUCCCAUCCAGCUGGGCCUGGAUUCCUGAGAAGGGUUGGGGCUGAGUUCCACCCUCCAUCUGGGGUGUUGCUUCGUUUCCCAUCCCCGAAGUCACCGUGCUCACCCUUCCCCACUGCAGGGGGUUGCUUUGGCGGGCCUGGGGGCUUUUGCUCCCUGAGACCAGGUCCCUUUAUAGCCCACCCUCUAGUGGGCCCUUCGGGUCACUGCAUGCUGCAUGACCCCAGCCAGCAAGGUGAAACCAACGAAGAUAUGCCUCAAGGGUAA